GUACUGUCAGCUGUCAGUUUUUGUCGUUAUUUAGUGUGAAGCUUUGUACAUCCGUAUUUCAGUGUAUUUUAUUUUAAACGGAUUGUAAUAAAUACAAUAAUUGAUAAUCUCGACGCUGUUUAUUUAUUAUUAACGCAUGGUGAACGUUGUAUACUCUUUUUUAUGAAGUAAUCGAAAUAUUUCAUUGGGCUUUUUUGACAGCGGGUGUAGAUUGAACAUCAGUCAUUCAGGUAAAUAAGAGUUCGACUGAUGGAUUUUGAAUUUAGCAAAGAAAAUAUUUUACCCCUACCUGGAGGCAGGAAUGUUCAUCAACUCGGAAUCGCCCUUCAGGCUCAAACAAAUAGGGAAUGUCAAAUGGAACUCGCACAACAAAAACAACAAUGGGAAGAAUUGAUUAGGACAUACAGCGGAGACGAUCCUUUAGAAAAUUAUUACAAAUAUAUAUCAUGGAUCGAACAAACUUAUCCUAAACACGGCCACGAAGGGAAUUUGAUUCCUUUACUCGAACAUUGUUUAAAUAAAUUCGAAAGCGACAGAAGAUACAUAAAUGAUAGAAGGUUUUGCAAAUUAUGGAUUAAGUAUUUUGACUCUCAACCGAAUCCAUUGGAAUUUUAUCACAUGUUAAAAGCAAAAGGUCUAUGUACGGGUUGCGCGGAUUUUUACAAAGCGAUGGCGUAUUACCACGAAGCUGCCGGUGAUUUUCAAGCGGCGAACAACGUAUUCGAAGAAGGGAAAAGAAAUUUAGCGCAACCGUACGAAGAAUUAGAAAACGCGCAUCAAAAUUUAAUCGUGGCAGCCGGUCAACACGUAAUAUUUGGUCCGAAUCAAAGUAAUCUCAUAGAAAAACGUCAGGCCCUUACAGCGUUACAUACUUACCGACCGGGGCGAGUAGGUAGCGUACGAGUACCUAGUUCUAACCCAAUGGUAACUUUCCCGUCGAAUAGUUCGAUUUCUUCGAGAAGCAACGCCGUGGUACACAUACACGAAGACAGGGCCGGAGAAGAAGCCUCCGCGGUCGUAGAAGCACCACCUGUUAGUAUUAUAGCCGCGGUUAAACGACAGGAAAUGCCUAAGGAGAAUACCCUAAAAGCGGGACCUUGGACGAAUAUCGUUCCAGUUAAAAAGAGAGUCAUAGGGGGCAGUAGUAGCGGUAAUUUAGCCACCGGUUUUACAGUACACGAAGACAUCGAUAUGCCGAGGGAGAUAAUUUUCCCGAAAGUUACCUUGGAAGAUUAUUCCGAUUGGGUGGUGAACGUGUAUUACCCCGAACCCCCGAAUCCGAACGCCAUCCCCAUGUAUCCCAAACAUAGAGUUUACGGCGAACCGAAUACCGAAUACAGUUUGGAGGAAUUGAGGAGUUCGAGGUAUAUUCGAAAAACUCCGGAAGUUUAUGAACCCAUAGUAACCGACGAUCCGGAAGUGGAGUUCGUCGAAGAAAUUCCACCGGCGCGCCAACAAAACGAAGAACUUCCCCAAAUACAAAAACAAGAGAUUCUAGUUAAUAAUUCACCCCAAAGUUUUCAUCAAUUAGCCAACUCCCCGCAAAAUUUCACGAGAAACUCUUUCCAAAAAGACCACCAAAUGAGAAAUAGUAUCUCCAACGGUACUAUGCAGUGUUCUCAAUUCAUGGGAAACGCGCAAUCCCCCAUGAGGAAUGUACAAACACCUACUGGUGGUACGCAUUCGCCUAUGGGGAUGUUCCAAUCGCCUAGGGGUGUACAACAGUCCCCUGGUCCGAAUAGUCCGUAUUCGCUUUGGCCUUCCACCGGUUUCAACGUCUGGCAAUCGCCGCAACAAAAACCCGCUGCCCCGUUUGGAAUUUUCGAACAAUCCUUGGAGGAAAAUCAACCCAGAGGUAGUGCCAUGAAAACUGCUUUUAAAGUACUAAACGCCGAUGAUUUGGCCGAAACGGGCUCGAGGGGUGGUAUGGACGUCGCGGCGCAAGCUACGGAUAGUGCUAAACCCAUGCCCCAAUUCAGCGAUAACAGUUCUUCUUCAACCGAAGACAAUUUCGACGAUUGCAGGGGGCAAAUAGAAGACGAUUACGUCAAUACUGACGUUUUUAAUUUUAAUCUCACAGCUAUGAAAGUCAGUACCCCUCAGAAGGGUAACAGGGAAAAUAACGCCCUUAGUACGAUUUUAGAAGAGUCCAAAGUCAGUUACGGUUCUUCGUCUAGUUCCGGUUCGAAUACGAAAUCGGUGCAUCUAAACAAAACGAACAAGAUGAGCACCAUUUCCGAGGAACACAACAGUUAUUUAGCACAAAAUUUAAUGGCCAACGCCGCUCUGAGAUCUAGUCUAUUGGCGGACUAUAUGGACGUGGCGCCGGCGCACCAAUCCGUAAUAAUCGACGACGAAGAAGAAGAAAAGGAAGCGAUAGAACCGAACGAUAUAGACGCGCAUGCGCAUAACAGAACCCUCCCGGCGCCGGCUAGUGUACAUCCUUUGGAUUACGUUCCUUCUGAUCCGUUCAAGAGCGGUCUGAUCAAUAAAUUAUUGGAGAGGGUGGCUUUUCCUGGGCCGCACGUUUACGGUUACAGGCAGAUACAGUGUAUCCCGAGGCUCGGGGUUAAAAAGGAACCGGUGGUUAUAGGUAAUGAAAGAUAUAUAGUGGAAAAACAGUUGGGAAAAGGUACUUUCGGUACGGUUUAUAAAGCCCUGGAUUUGGGUAAUUGUAAAACGGUUGCGAUGAAAUAUCAGAAACCGGCCAAUAAAUGGGAAUUUUACAUAUGCAGGGAGUUGCAAUCUCGUCUGGCGCAGCAUCCCCUCAGAGACAGGUUUAUGGAUAUACCUUUAGCUUAUUUCGGCGAUCAAGCUUCGUUAAUUAUUUCAGAAUAUAUACCGGGCGGUUCGCUUUUAGAUUUAGCCAAUUCGUACAAACAAAAAUUGGGUAAAUCGAUGAAGGAAUGUUUAGUGAUUUACUUCUGCAAGGAGAUGCUCCAGAUAAUCCAAGCCAUGCACCACGUUAGGAUAAUACACGCCGAUAUUAAACCGGAUAAUUUUCUGGUAUUCGUCGGUCCGGAUAAUAUCGUAGGUUUGCAGUUGAUAGAUUUCGGAUGCAGCAUCGAUAUGACGCUUUUCCCUCCGAACGCGACCUUCAACAGACGCGUCACUACAGAGGAUUUCGUCUGUUGCGAAAUGUUGGACGGCAGACCGUGGAAUUAUCACACGGAUCUGUUUUGUAUAGCCGCUUCGGCGCACGUCCUACUUUUCGAUUCUUAUAUCAAGUUACAGAAAAGGGACAAUCUUUGGUCGAUUCAGCAGAGGUUUCCGAGGUAUUUGAAAGUCGAUUUGUGGAAUAUGUUUUUCAGCAGUCUGCUUAACCAACAGGUGAGUCGUUUUUUUACCAUUUUUGAGAUUAUGGAACAUCUAUUUACUGCGGUAAUGUUUUUUUUCGGUGUAACAUUCAGUGAUACUUUUUUUCAGUGUAGGUGUAUUUUAAUGUUUUUUUUUAAUCGAUUGUGGUAUGAUAUUUUAAAUCUGGCAACGCUGUAACUUAUUCUAUUAGUCUCGACGUGUGAAAUAAGAAAAAUUUAAGUUGGUAAGCUCUGCAGAUGUCUUGAUAAUCGAAAUUUUUCUCGUUAUAUUUGUUUAAUUAAAAAAAAAUUAUUUUUCAGUGUAAAUUUGAGUAUAACUUUUUUUGCGUGUAGAUAAAAUGAUUUUUUUUUUACUAAAAAGUAUCUAAUUGAGAUGUAAUUUUUCAAACCUGGCAACGCUGUCACUUGUUCUUCAUUUGACUAGUGAAAUAAGAAAAAUUUAAGUUGGCAGCUCUGUAAAUCUUGUUUUGAAAAGUAUUCAAUUGUCAUGUUAUUUUCGAAAUCUGGAAACGUUGUAACACUUUUUCUCGGUGUAAGAUUGAUUAAUCCUUUUUUGCGUGUAGAAAAAAAAGUUUAUCUAUGAUUUAAUCGUUUUUUAUUUAAAAACUAUCAUAUAGUUUAUGCAAUCUGGUAAAUUAUUUUUCAUUAGAUACGUGUAAAAAGAUAAAAUUGAGUUGGCAGCUAUGUAAAUUUUAUUUUGAUAAUCAAUUUUUUCCCAGUCGUAUUUUUUUAAUAUAUUCGUUCAAAUAAAAAAAGACUUUUUUCUCAGUAUAAGGAUUAUUAAUCUUUUCUUUUCGUGUAGAAACAAGUUUAUUUUUGAUAAAAUCAUUUUUUAUUAGAAUUACUCGACUGUGAUAUAAUUUUUUAAAUCUGGUAGCGCUGAUUUUCACCCACACUAAUUUAAAAGAAUCUAUUUUAUUAUAAAAUCAAAUACUACAAAAUUGAAAAUGUACUGAAUCAACGAAAUGUAAAUACCUAAUUUGAUGACAUAAAAACGAGCUUAUGUACGUUAUUUUUCUUUCCCUUCCCGUAUUCCGGCCUUCACCCAUUUAAUUAUAAAGUUAUUGAACAUUACGAAAGACUACUUGCUAAACGACGUAAAUUGAUACAUGGAAACGAACAAACGUCAAAAUAUUAAGUGAAAAAAAUCGAUUCCUUGAAAAAAUAAUCAAAUUCCAUCAUUUUGAACGUGUAACUGUUAUUGAAGAAUUUAAAAAUCAAGAUUGAUGAUACAGAAACGAGGUUAUGUAUUCUACUUUUCUUUCUCUACCCUUAUCCCGGCCUUUACCUAAUAGUUAUGCAGCUAUUGGAAGACAACUCGCUAAACGACGUGAAUUGACACAUGGAGACGAAGAUAAACGUCAACAUAUGAGUAUAGGAAGUGUUUGUUUUUAAAAAAUCAAUUUAUUUCCUUUCAGACCGGUCCCGCAGACACAGCGUCUCUUCUAUUGAUAUUCGAAGAGUCCCUAGAUAGUAUCCACAAAGAAUCUUCUUCAGUGUUAACCCAUCAGAUGAGGUAUAUCGUUAAUAUGCUUAAAAAUAGAUAAUCCUUUUAGGUAUUUUUACUAUACUAUAGUUUAUGUAUUUUUUUUUAAAUGUAGUUUAGGCUCACCCUUUAUAAUAUUAUUUCUACAAGGCUGUUUUUCUUUUUUUUUUUUGUUGAAAUUAGAAUUGUAAAUGAAGAAAAUUUUCUCGGAGAGAUUUUAAUUGUCAAUAUAUACGUUAAAUGAUAUA